UAUGAUUAAAAAACAGACGCCGAAUUGCAAGCUGUGAUUACAAAUUUAAAAGAAUUCUAUCCGAAUCUAUAUUUUUACUGCAAAAUGGAUAUAGAAACUAGCAUCAAACAAGACAUGAAAUCACUUGGGUGCGAUUCUGAUGUGAAGAUUUCCCUUGCUUACCAACUUUACAUACAUUUGGUUGACGAGAAACUCAUGUACGACACCGAAUAUUGUUAUAACAAAGAUGUGGACACAUUGUACGUCGUCGCGAGGCCUAGAAAGAACGAGAAACUGAACAUUUACGUGCCCAUACGUACCUACGACGAUAUAAGUGUCGAAUUUAUUAACAAAAUGCAGGAAAAUUUAUGUACAGUGGAGUCAGGACAUUCUAUUAACUUGGCUUUCAUCGAAGGUGAUUCUACCAUAGUUAUUUAUUCUUUCACAAAAGGACUCGUGGAGCGGCCAUCGUCACAGAAAGUUACUGAGUAUAGAAAAAAAGAAGAAAGGAGGAGUUACAUAAACAGUGAAUUGAUGAGGCAUCGGAGUGAAAUUCUAAAUGAUGCAUUAAAUGGAGGCAUGGUUGAUGACGAUGAUUGUCAAGUUCUGGAUUGAAACAGUGGAGAGGAUAAAUACGAACUUUAUUCAGAUGUUUAUCUAUCAACAUUAACUUCUGCUAAAUAAAAAUUAAAUAAACAAUCAAAUGAAGGAUAUACUCACUUUGAUAUAUUGCUGAAGUCUAUUCAAUGGAUUUAGUUUGUUUGAAAGCUGGAUGAACUCCAAAGCUUUUAUGGAUAGAAUGAUAAUUCCUAACAUUUAAACUUGCAACUAUAAAGAGAAGUCAUCUACGGCUUGGAGUGAACCGUAAAUUUCUCAAAUUUCAAUUUGAAAAAUAAAACUGUUAAGUUUAAUUGCCUAUCAAAUACAAAUAAACAUGUCUCUUAACCAGAGAGUGAGGCAAACUUUUUUUUUACAGGCCAAAAAUGCUUAUAAAACUAUAUGAGCCAACUCAACUGCAGUUAAGAUUAUUGAAGUAUAAUUUAAAUUUUCAAUUGGGUUUAAAUCCCUCUUCUUGCAACGAGACUAAAUGAGAAGUAUAGUGAUUGUUGAUAGAAAAUAUUUAAGAAGUAACGCCUUUGUGAUGCUUGUUUAAUGAGCGAAAUAAUUUUGAGGAAACUGAACAUUCAGGCAACUUGAUUGUGUUACCAUGAUCCCAGCUCAGUUCAGGUCCACUUUUAGUGGCAGAGGUCAUACGGGAGCUGUUUUGAAUAAGAACAUGACUUACUAAACUACUGUAAGAUCUGUCUGGAGUUCCUUUCAAGGGAAAGGACGCAACUGGAACUGACACCAAGAGGAUGAGGAAAAUAUAAGUGUAACUUUUGUGGUGAAUCAAACAUUUAAGUAUAAAGAAACACUGUUUAUGAAUGUUUUAUCUUUUUAAUGAUAUGACUAAAGAGUUUCUUAUUA